AGCUGCGCCUGUGCAUGCGCAGGGCGGGGAGACCUUGGCGAGGCGGCCUAGAAGCUUAGCGGACGGGGAAGCACUGGCGGAAAGGAAAGUUGAGAGGCAAGAUGCAGAGCUGGAGUCGUGUGUACUGCUCCUUGGCCAAGAGAGGCCAUUUUAGUCGAAUAUCUCAUGGUUUACAGGGAGUUUCUGCAGUGCCUCUGAGAACUUAUGCAGAUCAACCAAUUGAUGCUGAUGUGACAGUGAUAGGUUCUGGUCCUGGAGGAUAUGUCGCUGCUAUCAAAGCUGCCCAGUUGGGCUUCAAGACAGUCUGCGUUGAGAAAAAUGAGACGCUUGGGGGAACGUGCUUGAAUGUUGGUUGUAUUCCUUCUAAGGCUUUAUUAAAUAACUCUCAUUAUUAUCAUAUGGCCCAUGGAAAAGAUUUUGCAUCUAGGGGAAUUGAAAUGUCUGAAGUUCGCUUGAAUUUGGAGAAGAUGAUGGAGCAGAAGAGUACAGCAGUAAAAGCUUUAACUGGUGGAAUUGCCCACUUAUUCAAACAGAAUAAGGUUGUCCACGUAAAUGGAUUUGGAAAGAUAACUGGCAAAAAUCAGGUCACUGCUACGAAAGCCGAUGGCAGCACUCAAGUUAUUGAUACGAAGAACAUUCUUAUAGCUACAGGUUCGGAGGUUACUCCUUUUCCUGGAAUCACGAUUGAUGAAGAUACAAUAGUGUCAUCUACAGGUGCUUUAUCUUUAAAAAAAGUUCCAGAGAAGAUGGUUGUCAUUGGUGCAGGAGUAAUAGGUGUAGAACUGGGUUCAGUUUGGCAAAGACUUGGUGCAGAUGUGACAGCAGUUGAGUUUUUAGGUCAUGUUGGUGGAGUUGGAAUUGAUAUGGAGAUAUCUAAGAACUUUCAACGCAUCCUUCAAAAACAAGGAUUUAAAUUUAAAUUGAAUACAAAAGUUACUGGUGCUACCAAGAAGUCAGAUGGAAAAAUUGAUGUUUCUAUUGAAGGUGCUUCUGGUGGGAAAGCCGAAGUUAUCACAUGUGACGUACUCUUGGUUUGCAUUGGCCGACGACCCUUUACUCAGAACUUGGGACUGGAAGCGCUUGGAAUUGAACUAGAUCCUAGAGGUAGAAUUCCAGUCAAUACCAGAUUCCAAACUAAAAUUCCAAAUAUCUACGCUAUUGGGGACGUGGUUGCUGGUCCAAUGCUGGCUCACAAAGCAGAGGAUGAAGGCAUCAUCUGUGUUGAAGGAAUGGCUGGUGGCGCCGUGCACAUUGACUACAACUGUGUACCCUCUGUGAUUUACACACACCCUGAAGUUGCUUGGGUCGGCAAAUCAGAGGAGCAGCUGAAGGAAGAGGGUAUUGAGUACAAGGUUGGGAAAUUCCCCUUUGCUGCUAACAGCAGAGCUAAGACAAAUGCGGACACAGAUGGCAUGGUGAAGAUUCUGGGACAGAAAUCAACCGACAGGGUGUUGGGAGCACACAUUCUAGGACCGGGCGCUGGUGAAAUGGUGAAUGAAGCCGCUCUCGCGCUGGAGUACGGAGCAUCCUGUGAGGAUAUAGCCAGAGUCUGCCAUGCACAUCCGACCUUAUCAGAAGCUUUUAGAGAAGCAAACCUGGCUGCAUCGUUUGGCAAAUCAAUCAACUUUUAAAUUAGAAGAUUAUAUUUUUCUGAAAUUUCCUGGGAGCUUUUGUGGAGGUUACAUUUCUGAAUAGGAAAUGCUCACAGCUCCAAGAAUUUCUAGGACUGAAUUAUGAAACUUUUGGAAGGUUUUAAUAGGUUCGGAGAGAAUGGAAUAAUCUCAUCUAUUUUAAAAUAAAUUGAAUAUUUUGUUUCACUGCAUUGAAAUUGCAGAAAAAGCUACUUAAUAGUAGCAUCCUGGAAAAUUUUCUUCAACCCAUAUUUUCAUGUUGUUUCUGAACGAUUCGACUUUACUAAACUUACAUAGCUUUUAUCUCUGCUCUUGUAAAGUUGGAUUUACUUACAUGGAUGGAGCUGGCAUAGGGUAUGUGAGCCAGCUGUGUUUGAAGCAAGGCGAUCAAGUUAUUUUAAACUUGGUUUUCGCAUUGGAAACAGUCAUUAGGAUCAGAUUAAAAUAUGUAUAAACCAUACUGAUGUAAAUAAAUGAUCUCAAUAAUUUAAUCCCCAAAUUCUUGCAGCUUAGAGGUAGAAUUUAUGUUUAAAUUUUUAAGGACCCAUUGAGGUCUGCAGUUUCUAGUUACCCAGUUAGCCAAAUUAAGGAGGUAUAUCUGUGAAAUUCAAAUAUUAAAUGAAGACAUAACUGUAUUACAGCGGGGAAUGAAAAUACAGAAAUAAAUAGUCUUAAAUAUUCA